CUACCUUCUUGUCUGAUAGUGAGAGUUGUUGCCUGAUUCCUGCAGAAGCCUGUUUAACAAGCCUCACAUAAUGUGUGAUCUAUUUGUAGGCACCUGGAAACUCAAUUCUAGUAAAAACUUUGAGGAUUAUAUGAGAGAACUGGGUGUGGGCUUUGCUACCAGGAAAAUAGUUGGUGUGGCCAAGCCCAAUGUAAUCAUAAGCACCAAUGGAGAUGUGAUAACCAUCAGAACAUUAAGUACCCUCAAAAAUACAGAGAUCUCUUUCAAGCUGGGUGAGGAGUUUGAGGAGACCACAGCAGAUGACAGGAAAGUUAAGGAAUGUACCAUGAACAAUGUUAUCUGCACUAGAGUCUAUGAAACUGCAUGAAGAAACCCUGUCUCCACAAUGGACUGGGAUCUAAGUUGUGGAGAACCAGCUCAGUUCCAGGAG